AUGCGGCUCCUUCAUACCACAAACCUCGAGCUCGUAUCCUUCAUUGGAAAACCAAUGGAAGAGCGGCCUCUCUACGCGAUCCUCUCCCACACGUGGAAGGAUGAUGAAUUCCUCUUUGAAGAAGCUCGAAAUGGUGUCAGUCAGUAUUUGCAAAAUCCCAGGACGGGCCUGCGGAAAAUCCUCAAUGCCUGCGAGAAGGCGAGACAGAACAAACUAGACUACAUCUGGGUCGACACCUGCUGCAUCGACAAAUCCAGCAGCUCAGAGCUGUCCGAGGCUAUUAAUUCCAUGUUCAAGUGGUACAAGGAAUCCGCGGACUGCUACGUGUUUAUGGAUGAUGUCUCGCUCCGAGAAGAUGGAACCAUGCAAAACUUUGAAAAGAGUCGCUGGUUCACCCGCGGCUGGACCUUACAGGAGCUCAUCGCCCCUCACGGACUGAUUUUUUUCGACGCUGAUUGGAAGUACAUGUGUAGAAGGGAUCAGGUGGCUUCCAGACUUGAGGAGAUCACUGGAAUCACUAGAAGCAUUUUGCAGAGGGCACACGCCGUCCCCCCUCGGGAGACUCCUCUGUUUCCGAACCUCAGACAGCUAUGCCCGGGAUGCGGCCAGGAUGAUGAUGUGAAGAGGGAACUAGCGGAGGAGCCCAUCUCGAGAAAAAUGGGAUGGGCGGCUUACCGAAAAACCACCCGCCCGGAGGACACAUCGUACUGCCUACUGGGUUUGUUCGACAUCAACAUGCCUCUCCUCUAUGGCGAAGGUAAAAACGCUUUCUGGCGACUCCAAGAGGAGAUCUUGAAACAAAGUCCAGACCAAUCCAUCUUGACUUGGACAGCGAGCACUUCCGGCGGAGUUAAUAAGCCAUAUCUGGCCGAAUUGCCGUCUGCAUUCCAGUUUGACGUCCGACGACCAGAAAAGACCCUCCUCGAACGAGGCGACAUCAUCGCAACAGCGAGGGGUCUGGAAAUCGACGUCCUGCUUGGGCCUUGCUCUAUUCAUGACAAAAAGAACAAAAGUCCCAUAUCGGAACGACUGCAGUUUAUAGCCAUUCUCAGCUGUGCUGUGGCUCCGCAUCCUCUUCCCCGGGUUGCUAUAUUCGUGGAACCUCUGACUCCUGGGGCUUUGAAUACAGCAUAUUCGAGAGUCCACACUCACCUUCUGAUCCUGCUGCACCCUUCAGCUGAACCUUUGGUCUUGUCAACUAAUUUCCGAGAUGGCGUCAUAAAAGUCAAGAACACAGCUGGUAUGUGGCACUUUGAUUAA